AUUAUUACAGCAAAAUACUUGAAUGUGUUAUAUUAUAAUUUAGUUCCGUUUCCUAAAAUCGCGCAAUGCAUUUAACUUCCUUGUAGCCAUUUUGAAAACAGCAGCGAAAUGGCUGGUGAUAUUUUGGUUGGUUCUAUAGACUUUGGAACAACGUACUCGGGAUGGGCAGUUAUGUUUGCCCAUGAAUUUGAAUCAGAGCCGACGAAAGGAUUUGUGAAGACAUGGCAUUCGGGAAGCUCGAUAAUCACGGAGAAAACACCUACAGUGGUACUUAUACAACCAGGCGGAAAGGAACUAGAGGCGUUUGGUUACGAUGCUGAGAAUCGUUAUAAAGAGCUUAUAGAACAGGAUGAACACGAGGGAUAUUACUACUUUCAGAGAUUUAAAAUGAAACUUCACAAGCAAUUGGGCGAUAAAAUCGACUUGAAUAUGACGUUGGCUGAUGAAAUGGGUCGCAAACUACCUGCAAUUGAUGUUUUUGCUAUGGCAAUAGAAUACCUUGUUGAUGAUAUGCAUGAUGCAAUCAAAGACAGAAUGUCCGGAGUUAUUGAGAAGUCUGAGGUUCAUUGGGUUAUCACUGUUCCGGCUAUUUGGACAGACUCUGCAAAACAGUUCAUGAGAAAAGCUGGUGAACAGGCUGGAAUCGAUGAUCGCAAAUUAAGUAUCGCCCUUGAACCAGAAGCGGCCUCCAUUUUCUGUCGCCAUUUGUCAGUUGAAAAAAGAGUCGACACUACUAAUGUCUGCAUUGCUUCCUUCCCAGCUGGAACAAGAUACAUGGUACUUGAUGCUGGAGGUGGUACAAUAGAUAUCACAGUCCAUGAGGUCCAAGCUAAUGGCGCUGUAAAAGAAAUACAAGCAGCAAGCGGAGGCGGUUGGGGUGGUACUCUUGUUGACCAGGCGUUUGAAAAGUUGAUCAUUGAUUUAGUAGGGAAAAGGGUUUAUCAGGAUUUCAAACAGGAAAGCCCGGAUGAUUGGCUAGACCUUUGGCGCGAUUUUGAACUGAAGAAAAGAACAAUUAAACCUGAUAAGGAGACAAAGGUUGUCAUGAAGAUACCCGAAAGUCUUCGUGAACAGUAUAAAAGUAAAUUCCAAAAAACUUUUAAAGAAGCUGUUGAAUCAUCUUCAUAUGCUGAAAAUAUUACAUUUGUUGCUGACAAGAUGAAGUUUGACGCAAUCGUAUUUAGAAAGCUUUUUGAUGUCUCGUUGACCAAAACAAUACAGCAUACGGAAAUAUUAAUGAGAGAUCCAGCUGUCCGACAGAUUAAGGCCAUUUUAAUGGUUGGAGGUUUUUCGGAGUCGCCUAUGCUCCAAGACAAGGUUAAAUCCUGCUUUCGUGGCAUUGAUGUUAUCAUACCUGCAGAGGCGUCCUCGUCGAUAUUGAGAGGGGCGCUUAUCUUUGGACACAGUCCAACUUCGGUCUCUGAAAGAGUUUUAAAGUAUUCUUAUGGUAUUGCCAUGUAUACAGCUUUUAGAAAAGGUGAACAUCCAGAAAACCGGUAUGAAAUGACUGAUUCAGGACCUAAGUGCAGAGACGUUUUUGACAAGCAUGUUGAGAAAAACCAAAUAGUUAAAGUGGGAGAGACACAAGUAUCCCAAACGUACACACCGACAAGCAAAAACCAGACUUGCAUUCCAUUUCGUAUUUUUGCUUCAGAGUUAAGAGAUCCCAAAUAUACCGAUGUAGGUUGCAAAUUCAUUGGAAAACUGGAAAUAGAGCUUACAGAUCAUGAUGGAGAUUUAACACGUGAAAUCAAUGUUAACUUCACAUUCAGUGGUACAGAAAUUGAGGUAUCAGCAAAGGAUGUCAAAACAGGAAAGUCGGAAAAAGCAUCUAUCAAUUUUCUCGGCUAAUCAGUGAUACAUAAAUGUCAUAAAAGCGGAAUCUAAAGUUAUUUGUUUAAUAUGGAUGGAUUGAGUGACUUCUGACAUGAGGUUAAUUACGUGUUUUACCUUACAAUUUAUGUUACAUAAAUGAUAAUAACAUUUUCCGUUUCAACGUGUGGUUGUUUAAACACACAUUUACUAUAGAAGUAAUGAAAUGCUGACAUAGGCAUUUUCUUCUUCAACAUUUAACAAUAAUCAUAGAAACCACAUAAUUAUAUGCUUAGAGUUUUUACACUUUUAUAAACAGAUUUUGAUGAUUUUGCAUCACAAUUGUUAGUGUUGGAAUUAUCUUUAUUAGAAAUAAAAUUAACAAAAAUACUGUAUGCUUUAAAAAUGCUACAAUUGAGAUAAUUUUUAAAUUUGCCAUGAUGAUCAUUUUUACAUAAUGAUAUGUAAUACGUGAGUAUGAUAAUACAGUCAGAUGAUUGAAUCAUAAUGUGUUAUGAUUUUUCACUGUUCACAUAAUGAAACGGCCAUUUUGUUUAGGAAUAUUUUACCGAAAUAUAUGACCAUUAUUUGUGAAAAUGUUUUGAAAUCCAAACCCUGAUAAACUCGACAGGACUCUCAAUAUACUUCAACUCAUAUGUAUUCGAACCUCAAUAGUUAAAAUGAUUCCUAUUCAUGCUUUAGAAGAAAAUGAUUAUAGGUUACAAGGGAGACAUUAUUAAUAAUAUUCUUAUAAUUUUUGCCCUUCAAAUUUUUUGGUUCUAGUUUUUUUGCAGUUAAUUCUUAGUUACUCUUUAUAGAAUAAAAUUUUAUUAUUAAAAAUUAGUUUUUGAAAGGUUUCUUUAUUGAUAUCAAGGACAUGUAUCAUUUGCAGUAUUUCCAAAUUUUACAUUAUGAAUGUAAAGUUACCUAUCAAUGAGGACCCUUUGUAUUUGCAGAGUGAGUAAGUGAGUGAUUAACCACGUUUUAUUUUGAUUCAGACAUUUUGAUAUUUUCAUUGACAAUUUCAAUUAAUUUAUUCCGUUUUCAGCAGGAUAUUUCUGAUGGGUUUUUGGUAUUUCAAAAUGAAUUUGCAGAAUAUUUGACAUCUGGCCGGGUGCUUUAUGUUGAGCUAUUUUAUUUGUGGAUUCCUAGAUUUAUUGUAUUCAUAUAUUUCAAAUUUUCUUAUUUUACAUUAAAAAUGUAAAUUUAAGUUACCUAUCAAUGAAUACCCUUUUCUUAAAGAGAGUCAGUGCUUAGAACCUGCUUAUGCAUGAUGGUUUGGAAAUUUUUAUUGAUUUCGAGAAAUGUAACAGAUAUUUUAUUGUCAAGCUUUAGAAAUGUUAAUCUAUUUUUUGUUUCAGUUUAAGGCAU